CAGAAACAAGCCUUGGCCAACCGUUGUAUUUAAUAUGCUUCUAUACACACCAAUGUAGAUGUCACCAUUCUUCAUAGUUCAUCUUAUCACCUCAAUCAUGUCUACUACUCAGAACGCUGUCAUCAUUACCGAACCCAAGACUGCGGGCUUGGUCAGUUCCUGUUCUAUUCCCAAGCUCCGCGAUGAUUACAUCCUUGUGAGGACUGUCAGCGUGGGUUUGAACCCCAGUGACUGGAAGCACAUCGACUACCUCUCUCCACCCGGUGUACUGCUCGGAAGUGAUUACUCUGGCGUUGUCGAGGCCGUUGGCAAGGACGUCAAGCUACCCUGGAAGAAAGGCGACCGUAUCUGCGGUUCUGCCCAUGGUGGUAAUGCUGUCCAGCCCGAGGAUGGCUCUUUCGCCGAGUACAUUGUUGUCAAGGGUGAUAUCCAACUCCGAAUCCCUCAAGACCUUGGCUUCCAGGAAGCCGCCACACUUGGAGCAGGUAUCCAGACUGUAGGCCAGGCUCUGUAUCAGACUUUAGGACUGGCUCUACCAACGCAACCUAUCCAAGAUGCGACUCCGAUUCUUAUAUAUGGCGGUUCCACUGCCACAGGUACCUUGGCCAUCCAGUUCGCUAAGCUCUCCGGUUACCAAGUAUUCACCACCUGCUCGCCGCACAACUUCGACCUUGUCCGUGGCCUUGGUGCGGACGUUGUCUUUGAUUAUAACAGCCCCGAGUCCGCCAGUCAAAUUCGCAAGCAGACCAAUAACAGCUUGAAGCUGGUCUUGGACUGUAUUUCUCUUCCUUCUAGUGUUGAUUUCAGCGACCAGGCACUUUCAUCAGACGGCGGCGAGUACCUUUCACUCUUGCCGGCGAAAAUUGACCGUGCGAAUGUCAACAGUCGCCUCAUCCUGGUCUAUACCACCCUUGGCGAGGCCUUCAAUUUCGGUGAAAUGCCUGUUCCCGCUAAGGCAGAGGAUUUCGAGCACGCCAAGAAGUUCACCCAAGUGGCUCAGGCUCUUUUGGAUCAGGGCAAGAUCAAAGUUCAUCCGCCCAAGGUUAGAAAGGAUGGUCUGCGUGGUGUCUUGGAAGGAAUAGACCUGCUCAGGGCCAACAAAGUCAGUGGUGCGAAACUAAUUUACAACGUUGGAGAGACUCUUUAGGUACGCGGAUCGACACAUCUGUCACGUAUAGUCAAAUACGAAUCAAUCUUAGUUCGGGGGAUCCGUUAUGAUAGCCCAUUGUUUACUUGUCGCGAUUGCGGAGAUUUGGACCUAUACUACCCUACUCAUAUGCAUGUAAAUCCAUUGGUUUCAAUCUAGAGAAGUACAUUCUGCGC